AUGGCCGCGGCAGACAUGGCAGCGUUUGACCCGGCAGCCUACGAUGGGGUGGACUUGGCGGACGGAACGGGGCCGUUCCAUGCGCAGCGCGGCUACGUGCACGCGACGUGGGCGCGGACGUUUGGAUCACGGCCGGAGCUGUUCGUGCAGCCGGCCACGGUGGCCGAGGUGGAACAGGUGGUGCGGCUGGCGCGACACCGGCGUCGGCGCGUGACGACGACCGGCUGCGGACACUCGCCGUCGGACAUGACGUGCACGAGCAGCUGGCUGGUCAACCUGGACCGCCUGAACCGGGUCUUGUCGAUUGAAGCACCGGAUGAGACUUUGACUUCUUCCGGCUCUUCUGCCUUCAGACCUCUCGUCACCGUUCAGGCCGGCAUCCGUCUGCGCGACCUCAGCGCCGCUCUCGCCGGCCACGGCCUCGCGCUGCCCAACCUCGGCAGCAUCAAUGCGCAGUCGCUGGCCGGCGCGCUGGCCACGGGCACCCAUGGCAGCAGCCUGCAGCACGGCCUGCUGUCGGACGACGUGGCGGCGCUGCGAAUCACGCUCGGUGAUGGUCGCACCGUGGCCCUGACGCGGCCGGCCGGCGGUGACCUCUUCCGGGCUGCGCUCAUCUCGCUGGGCGCGCUCGGUAUCGUCGUCGAAAUCACCCUGCGCGUCGUACCGGCCUUCCGGCUGCGCUGGUCCCAGACGGUCGACUCGGACGAGGCUGUCUUUGCGGCUUGGCGUUCCGUUGCUGGGAAGUCAAAGUCGGAGCCACAAUCUUCCGAAUCCUCCGACUCCUCCGAAUCCUCCGACUCCUCCGAAUCCUCCGAAUCUACCGACCCUACCACAAUCAAUACGUCCUCCUCCCGCAACUCCCUCCUCUGGACCCAGGCUCACUUUGUCCGCGUCUGGUGGUUCCCCUACACCCGCCGUGCGGUCGUGUGGGCUGCCGACGACGCCAACAUCGCCUCCUCCGAGCCUGAUCACGUGCCGGCCGUCAGCUACUACGACAGCCGGCUCGGCUACCUCGUCUACCACAACCUGCUCUACCUCGCCCGCUUCAUCCCCCGCAUUCUGCCAUGGGUCGAGUGGUUCGUCUUCGGCAUGCAAUAUGGCUUCCGCGCCGGCACCACCACCUCCGGCUUGCAGCCCGGCGACCACGCCCUGCUGAUGAACUGCCUCUACUCGCAGUACGUCAACGAAUGGGCCAUUCCGCUGGCUCGUGGCCCCGAGGCUCUCGCCCGUCUCGGCGCCUGGCUCAACCGUCUGCAGCCUGGAGAUCCCGCCUACGUCGAUCACCGCAUUCCUUUCUCGGCCGACGGCCUCUACGUCCACGCCCCCGUCGAGGUCCGCGUCACCGAUACUGCUCCUGGCUCUUUUGCAGCUCGCCACCAGCCCGACGACCAGCUCGACUGCCGUCCCCUGCUCGAUCCCACUGUCCGUGACGGCCCAACCCUCUACCUCAACGCCAUCAUGUACCGCCCCUACUUUGCCGACCCUCCAGGCACCGACCGUUACUACGAGGCCUUUGAGUGGCUCAUGCGCGAUCUUGGCGGCCGUCCCCAUUGGGCAAAGAAUUUUGGUGCCAAACACGCCGAUAUCGCCGCCGCCUACGGCUCCGACCUGCAGCGCUUCCUCGCCGUCCGCCAGCAGGCUGAUCCCGAUGGCCUUUUCGUCGGCCCCUGGCACCGCCGCUACCUUCUCGGCAGCGACGUACCCCCGCUGCCUCUCGAGGAACACGAGCGCUCCCGUGCUGCUGAUGUCGACAGCGGUGUCUGCAUCACCGGUGAGCUGGCUCCAGCGGAGUCGUAG